AUGAAAGUUUUGCUGUUUCUGGCACUUGCUGUCGGCUCUUACGCCGAUUUCACUUCGUCCGGACAGAGCGGAAUCAUCAAUGCCCACAACAAACUGAGAUCUUCGAUUGCGAAAGGAACUUAUGUGGCCAAGGGAACGCACAAGCCGGCCGGUGCCAACCUUCUUAAAAUGGUAUACAAUUCUUUACUGAACUCUUUGACGGUUGUUUUCAGAAAUGGGAUUCGUCGGUGGCCUCAUCUGCUCAAGCUUACGCCAACAAAUGUCCAACUGGCCACUCGGGAACGAACGGAGUCGGAGAGAAUCUGUACUGGUACUGGACCAGUGGAUCUCUGGGAGACCUCAACCAAUACGUAUGAUUUCGUUCUCCUUGAACCGCUGGACAUGAAGAGUUUAGGGAGCUGCCGCCUCGGCUGCUUGGGAGAAGGAGUUCCAGGAAUACGGAUGGAAGUCCAACCUCCUCGAUGUGAACCUCUUCAACACUGGAAUCGGACACGCCACGCAGAUGGCUUGGGCCAAGAGCGAUUUGGUCGGAUGCGGAGUGAAAGACUGCGGAAAAGACACGAACGGAUUGAACAAAGUGACGGUCGUCUGUCAGUACAAACCACCGUGAGUCCUCGAGGAAACAGAACUCAGAAGAUUGCGUUUUUUGCAGAGGAAACUACCUAAACCAGUACAUUUACGUCUCGGGAACCACUUGCUCCGGCUGUCCAUCGGGAACUUCCUGCGAAUCGAGCACUGGCCUUUGCGUCUGA